UUACAGCUGCUCGACAUGAUAGUCGUACCAGAUGACCAGCCGGACAUAGAAGCGAGAGUAUUACCAUUAUUGUAUCGAGCGAACUUUGAUACCAACUUUGAAGAUCGCAGUGCAUUCGUCACCGGUAUCGCAAAAUACAGCGAGGAAGCAACGCGACAUGCUCAAUUUAAUGAUAUGCUCGCCGAAGGACUACAACAUGCCGCUAAUUUGUAUACAUGGAGAUGUUGUUCUAGGGCCGUCCCAAUGGCUAAGUCAAAUGAUCAACCAAAUCGAACAGAGAUUAAUGAAAUGGUGGUGAAUGUUCUCAAGCCAGAAGUCAGCAAACUGAAUAGUUUCAUGAGAUUUACAUUACAUGCGAUUCAACGAUUCUGUGAAGAAGUUCGGCGACUGUGCCAUUCAGAGAAGCGGAAAGAUUUUGUUUCGGAAGCGUAUCUUCUGACUCUUGGUAGAUUUAUUAACAUGUUCGCCGUUCUUGAUGAGCUCAAAAACAUGAAAGCGUCGAUAAAAAACGAUUUUUCUACAUUCAGAAGGUUGGUGACAAAAUUUAAAACGGUGAUCAUUUCAAGAAAUUUUUAUAGAGCAUCCCAAUUUCUUCAAACUAUGUCUGAUACACAAGCCAUUCACGAUAUGCAGAACUUGAGUAUGUUCCUGGCUACGCAGAACAAUCAAAGACGAUCUCAAACUGCAAAUGAAAACUGUAAGAAUUUGAAAGUAAUUUUCGAUAUUUUCAUUUUUAAUUUACAGAUUGAGGGAUAUGAAGAAUUGCUAUCUGAUGUCGUUAAUAUUUGUGCUCAUAUGUAUGAACAACAGUUGUACAUUUCUCCGAAUGAGAAGCACAUGUUUGUCAAAGUGAUAGCAUUUUCGCUUUUCCUUAUGGAUGGAGAUGCUGCGAACGUUGCCAAGUUGGAUCAGAAGAAACGAUUGAGUAUUCAAAGACUGGAUAAGAUUUUCAAAAGUCUAGAAGUAGUUCCACUCUACGGAGACAUGCAAAUUCAGCCGUUUGCUUUUGUGAGGAGAAGUUCGCAUUACGAAGCUAACAAGUGGCCAUUAAGUGAUAAAGAAUCUGAAAAAUGUCAUGUUAAUAUUGUCGAGAAAGUGCAUACAAUACGGUCGGAUCAUGAGAGUUACGUUACUCAGUUUGCCAAAAUCAACAACGAGGUUGCUAUCUCUGAUCGUGUUGGCAGUGAUCGUGAGCAUCGGGAACUGACAUCGCUCGCACUCUCAGGUAUCCAGCUACUUUGCCAAUGGUCAUGCGCUGUUGUGGAAACAAUCAGCUGGAAGCUUCUACACCCAACGAAUCCAAAAGAUAAUCGAGAAUGUCCAGACACUGCAGAAGAGUAUGAAAGAGCCACGAGGUACAACUACACACCCGCUGAGAAAACGGCACUUAUUCAAAUCAUUGCAAUGAUCAAAGGACUUCAAUCCAUGCUUGGAAAAAUGGAACCAGAAAUGUCGAAUGCAACAAGAAAAUGUGUAUAUGUAGAAUUACAAGCAUUCAUUCAACAUACAGUGAAUGAACCACUGCAAAAGGCUAUCAAGAACAAGAAAGAUCUGUUGGCGAGUAUUCUGCAAUCAGUAAAGGACUCAAUAUGUGAUGUUGGAUACGAAUUGAAUCGAAUGACUGACACAAAAAGCAAAUCUAAAAAAUCGGGUAGCAAAGUGGACUCUGCCAACUCGUCUUCAUCCGAUAUCAGAAUUCCCAGAAGAACAGCUGCCCCCGGAAGUACACAGCUGUAUAUGGCGAGAACGCAGUUGGAAUCGUUGAUAUCUGAAAAACUCUGUGGAGGCAAGAAGAUUCUACGCAAAGAGCUGGAUUCCAAAACGAUCGAGAAGAUAUCAGUCUUUUUACGUAAAUCAGCACAUUGGCCAGCGCUCUUCAAGUUCUCGGAUUCAAUGACAGAAGCUGGAGAAUUAAGUCAGCUUUGGUUCCGAGAGUUCUAUCUGGAAAUGACUAUGGGACAACGAAUUCAGUUUCCGAUUGAGAUGUCUAUGCCGUGGAUUCUCACAGAUUAUAUACUUUCAUGUGAUGAGCAUUCACUGAUUGAAUCCGCCCUCUAUCAACUGGAUCUCUACAACGAUGCUGCACAAUACUCGCUUUUCAGUUUCAACAAACAGUUCCUGUACGAUGAAGUAGAAGCUGAAGUGAAUCUGUGUUUCGAUCAGUUUGUCUACAAACUAUCAGAAAUGGUUUUCACCAAUUACAAACAACUUGCGUCAAGUAUGCUCCUCGACAAGCGUUUCAAAUCGGAACUCAGUCGUGUGGGAACGAUAAUUCGAACACCGACCGCUUCCCGAUUCGAGAGUCUUCUUCAACAAAGACACGUUCAGUUGCUGGGACGAUCGGUUGAUUUGAACAGAGUGGUUUCUCAACGAAUCAAUAUGUCACUUCUGAAAGCACUUGAUGCAGCCAUCUGGAAGUUCGAAAGCGAACCAUUAUCGUCAAUCAUAGAACUGGAUAUGCUGAUUGAAGCCAACCGUCUCUGCCAUUCUCUUCUGAAAGAAGUUUUGCAUUCCCUUGCUCCAUUCGAUGAUAUUUUCCAAGAAGCGAACCACGCAGUCAAUUCACCACACGGAAGAAUCACUCUUCACGUCUUCUGGGAACUCAACUAUGACUUUGUUCCCAACUUCGUCUAUAAUGGAUCCACUCAUCGAUUCGUUCGAGCUAAGCAAUUUUUUAGAAAGACUCCUGCAAGAGAGAAACCACCACAAGUUGGACAAGUCUACUAUUGGGGAUCUAAAUCCUUGAUGGCCGCAUUUAUGAACAUCUCCAACGGCUACAACUCUUGCAUUGGUACCCAGCAUUUGAAGGCUAUCACCCGCCUAUUACAUUAUCAAGGAAUCGCCGUCAUCUUGGACGAACUUCUCAAAAUGACACAUCGUUUGCUGGAGGAAAAAAUCAAGAGACAUGUUCGAAACGUUUUUAACAUGAUGCCAAAAGUGUUGAAGCUUCCUCGAGCUGACUACGGAAGCACUGCACUUCUACAGUACUAUUGUCAUCAUUUGGACGCUGUGGGGAAGUAUCCAGAGCUCAAGUCUGAGUUUUGUCAAGAUUUACGAGAGCUUGGAAAUAUGAUUAUUUUCUGUCAGCAAUUAGAAGUAGCUCUUGGACAAGAAGAAACGCAUGAUCUCUUUUUAGCGGCUGCUUUUAUCGGGAAUGUUCCCCAACCGCCAUCAAGAAAUGCACAGGAACAAAUGAAACAGCUUGCUAAACUGGAAGAAAAGUAUGCGAGGAUCCAUUUGUCGGAAGUUUUGCGAAAAACGAAUGAUGAAGGACAAGCGAUAAUAGCGAAAGAAGCAGAGCUCAUGACGAAAGAACGAUUAUGUUGUGGUCUGAAUGUUUUCGAAAAUUUCCUUCUUCGAAUCAAACAGAUUCUUGCUAAUGAUGAGAUCUGGACCGGAGGAUACCCCACGAAUGGAGUGUUUUGGAUCGAUGAAUGUGUGGAAUGGUAUCGUGUCUACUCUGCACUGCAGUUCUUCCUAUGUCAGCCCACGCGCGAUGAUAAUGAAGUUUACGCAGAAGAGCUGUUCGGAGACUCGAUUCAAUGGGGAGGACUCACGCUGAUCACGCUUCUAGGUCAACAUCGACGAUUCGAGGUGCUCGACUUUUGCUAUCAUCUUCAUCGGGUCAACAAAGGCGAUCAAAAAGAUGAAGUUAUCAAUCAAAUCAGACUAUCCAAAAUGGUGGAACGCAUACGCCGCUUCCAAUUACUCAACAAUCAAAUCUUCAUAAUUCUGACAAAUCAACUGAAUGAGAACAACGAUGAUGACUAUGAACGGGUCAAAGAAUUUGCUCCACCUGUCCAUCCAAAAUAUGCUAAUCAUGCUCGCCGCCAGUGA